AUGCCUUUCCUCCGAGCUGCGGCAUGUGUGGCGCUAUUUAGGAACUUUUCUGUCUCCGUCAUGGCUCAGCUCAGGUUUAUUGAUAUUGGAGUCAGUCUGACUGACCCCAUGUUCAGGGGCCUGUACAGAGGAAAGCAGAAACAUAGCGAUGAUUUUGAUGCCAUAAUUGACAGAGCACUCAAAGUGGGAGUAGAAAAGUUCAUGAUCACUGGAGGAAGUCUGGAUGACAGCAAAGAAGCUCUGAAACUCGCUCAAACCAGAGAGGAGUUUUUCUGUACAGUCGGCUGCCAUCCAACGCGCUGCUCUGAAUUUGAGAAGUUUGGAGACGAAAUGUACCUGUCCAAACUCAAAGACCUCGCCACAAACACCAAAGUCAUUGCUAUAGGAGAGUGUGGACUGGAUUUUGACCGUCUACAAUUUUGUCCAAAGGAAACACAACUAAAAUAUUUUGAGAAGCAGUUUGAUUUGGCCGAAGAAACCAAACUGCCUAUGUUCCUCCAUUGCAGGAACUCACAAAAAGAAUUUAUUGAAAUUGUGAAGAGGAAUAGAGACCGUUGUGCUGGUGGAGUGGUGCACUCCUUUGAUGGGACACCGGAGGACGCUGUUGCCAUCAUUGAAUUGGACCUGUACAUUGGGAUAAAUGGCUGUUCAUUAAAAACUGAAUCCAACAUCGAAGCCAUGAAGUCUGUUCCCAGUGAGAGGCUUCUGAUUGAGACAGACGCUCCAUGGUGCGGCGUGAAGGCGACUCACGCUGGAGCCAAACUCGUCAAAACCACUUUCCCCACAAAGAAGAAAUGGGAACUAGGACACUGCUUAAAAGACAGGAACGAACCAUGUCACAUUAUCCAAGUCCUGGAGGUGAUGGCUGCAGCGCGAGAUGAAGAUCCAGUGGAGCUUGCAAACACAAUCUACAACAACACCACAAAACUGUUCUUCCCCAUAUCAUGAUGAAUACUUAAAUAUAAAAAAUAAA